AUGCUGGCGCCGCCCGGGCUCCGGCUCCUGGCUCGCGCUUGGCGGCGGGGGAAGCUGCAGGCGGCGGCCGGCCGGGCUUUGUGCGCCGCGGCUGCAGAGGACGGGCCGGACGGGCCAGGGCAGCAGCAGCAGCAGCAGCGACCGCCCUUGGAGCCCGGCCUGCUGGACAUCCUCGUGUGCCCUCUGUCCAAGAAGCCGCUCAGGUAUGAAGAAUCCACCAAUGAAUUAAUUAACGAAGAGCUGGGCAUUGCUUAUCCCAUCGUUGAUGGCAUUCCUAAUAUGAUACCACAGGCAGCAAGGAUGAUCGGUAAGGAGAACCAAGAAAAGUAACCUGAACAGUCCUAGGCGAUCGUCAUCUGAAAACGGGACAGUGAA